UGCGUGCAGAGGCUCCUUCAUUUUCACUUUGUCAAUAUACUAUAUUGAACAGCUGAGUCUAUGGAGCAAGUUGUGACUAGAGAGUUUUAGAAAUGUAUAGUUGAGGCUUAUGUGUAAAUUUGAUAUUUAAUAUUUUGAGUGACAUUCCAUUUCAUUCAUUAGAAUGAAAAGUUCCUGAGGGUAGGAAGUUUCCCUUUUGCCUUAGUAUCUCCAACAGUCUGCACAAUUCUUAGGAUGUAUUGAGACAACAGAGACUCCAUAGAAGAAAAAGGACCAACCAGAGUAGAAUGUGGGAAAGGGACAGAACCAGGAGAAAUUAGCAGAGGAGAUUCCAAAAGAAAAAAGAGGGGGGUGGGACCGGAGAGGAGAAAGGAGAAAGGAGGCGGGAGCUCUGGGGUGGGGCUGCGCAGGCGCGAUGGGGGCGCGCGAAAGGUAAAAGGUCAGACGCGCGCAAGUGUCAUGGCGGCCCCCACUCUGGCGCUGGCCUGGGCCCCCAUCCUCCGUGGCGGCCACAAUUGCUGCCUUCGGGGUCACGCACCCCUUGGUCUGAGCGCCCCCAGGAAGGGGUUCCCGGCGGUCCUGGGACGAAGAGCGACCGCGUCCAGCCGGACAGAAGUCCCUGGCAAUGACCGGUACUGUGUGGAGUUGCUCCGGAAAAGAGACUAUGAAGGAUAUUUAUGUUGCCUGUUACUGCCUACUGAAGCCCGAAGCUCUGCUUUUGCUUUGAGAGCCUUCAAUGCGGAAUUGGCUCAGGUUAAAGACUCAAUCUCUCAGAAAACAAUUGGUCAGAUGCGAAUGCAGUUUUGGAGGAAAGCUGUGGAAGAUAUGUAUUCUGACAAUCCGCCCCAUCAGCCAGUGGCCAUUGAAUUAUGGAAGGCAGUCAAGAGGCAUAAUCUAACUAAAAGAUGGCUUGUGAAAAUAAUUGAUGAAAGAGAAAAAAAUUUGGAUGACAAAGCAUAUCGAAACAUCCAAGAACUAGAAGCAUAUGCUGAAAACACGCAAAGUUCUCUUCUUUAUUUGACCCUAGAAGUAUUGGGUGUAAGGAACGUCCAUGCAGACCAUGCUGCAAGUCAUAUUGGGAAAGCACAAGGCAUCAUUACCUGCUUGAGAGCAACUCCCUAUCAUAGUAGUAGACGAAAAGUAUUUCUCCCCAUGGAUAUUUGCAUGCUGCAUGGUGUUUCACAAGAAGAUUUUUUACGCAAGAAUCAAGAUAAAAAUGUGAGGGAUGUAAUUUAUGACAUUGCCAGCCAGGGACAUCUUCAUUUAAUACAUGCCAGAUCCUUCCAGAAGAGUGUUCCUGUGAAAGCAUUUCCUGCUUUUCUUCAGACAGUUGCAUUAGAGGACUAUUUGGAAAAAAUUCAAAAAGUGGAUUUUGAUGUAUUCCACCCACGAUUACAGCAGAAGAAUCCUUUAUUAGCACUGCAUCUCUAUAUUCGAUCUUGGAAAAAAACAUAUUAAAAUCAAUUUUUAGUAAUGAGA